UCUCCUUCUUUAAUUUUCACAAUUGUGAAAAUGGAAAAGUUGGUUGUAAUUUUACUUCUCGUAUCCGCAGUUGGAACCCACGCAGCUUCGUUUCCAUUCAUCCACAACUAUUUGAUGCGCAUAGACUGCGGGCUGAAUGGCAAAACAACGGAGAAUUACAACAACCAGACAUGGUUUCCCGACAGCUUCUUCAUAGAUCCAGGCAAAACCAAGCAAAUCACUGCAUCGCCCAAUGUCCCUCAAAUCAUGACCACCUUACGAUACUUCCCACACGGAGAAGACAUGAACUGCUACGGAUUGCAACUAAUCAGCGCCCAAAAAUACAUAUUCCGGGCAGGCUUUUACUACGGCAACUACGACGGCAAAUCGCAGCCUCCGGUGUUCGACCUCUUUCUCGGCGGCCAGCUCUGGGAGACGGUGAACUCAUCCGCGUCGACGGAAGGGCCUGUUUUCCACGAGCUUGUGUAUGCGCCCAAGAACGAUAACAUAUCAGUGUGCUUGAUGGGGAGGAAAGAAUCCGGGGGGACGCCUUUCAUUUCUUCUCUGGAAGCAACUUACUUGAGUCUGGACUCCAACAACAAUCGCACUGUCUAUGGAAUGAUGGCAAACGGCGGCACAGCUUAUCAUCUUGUCGCCAGGCUCAAUUUUGGGAGCUAUGAUGAAGUCGUAGAGCCAUGGUCUGGUUGGAACCAAUUCUGUGAAGAACAGCUAAACCGUUAUUGGACACCACAACCAAUGCCUGGCUACAUAAAUCUCACCUUCGACUCCACCUUCUGCUCCGGAGCAAACUACGAAAACCGGCCUCCUAACUCCGUCAUCAAUACAGCAAUAUCCCCAACAAACGCUUCACAAUCAAUCUACGUGCCCUUCAACUUUCCUACCACCACUCCUCAGUCCGCCUACAUCGUACUAUACUUCUACCAGAACCAUAUCGUCGACGGACCGCCCGAAAACCUCAAUGGUACGAGGAAUAUGGAUGUUUACAUCGACGGUGUCAUGAGGAGAAAUGUUAAGCUUGAAGGGUUGAGAUCAGGUGAUGUGGUGACGCUGUAUCCGGUUCUGGUCCAAGGCACGAUGAACGUAACGAUUUCUCCGGCGAACGGGACGGUCUUGGCGCCGUUGCUGAAUGGCAUGGAAGUUUAUUAUGCAACUGAAGUGGCGGAGGAAACUAGUGGUGGAUUUAAGAUUUUGUUUUCUUUCAUUGUGGUUGUGGUGUGUCAGGUCCUUGUGAGUCUGCUUCUUGGUGUGGUGUAGGGUUUUGAUGUGUUUGUGGUGAUAGAUGGAAAAUUUUAAUUUGUUUAUAAUGAGUUGUGUUUUUGGGACUCGUCUAAAAUCUCUUGGUAUGAAUCUUGUAAUAGUUCAAACAAAAUCUUGCCUCUUAUCCUAUGUAAGAGCUCGUACUGUUUGUCUCGUAAAGAUUUUUCAAGCAAUCUUGAACAAAUUUGU